CGAUCUAUCAAAUGCCUGGGAGAGACUGUUGGGAAGAGGGCGGUCCGAUCUUAGUCUCAUUCCGUAAGCUUGUGCUGUUGGAAUUUUAAAUCGGUGUCUCGGACAGCCCAUUGGAAAUGACGGUUUGAGGAGGCGGGGGAAAUCUGGUGAAUGAAGGUUGUUUAUUCUGUUUAGGUUAUGUGGGUGUUACGCCGACGGACCCACAGAAAGCGAGUUCGGGGAGCCUUUCCGAGUGGCGGAUAUAAAACAAGUGAAAGAGGAGGAGCUGAUUCUCAUCUGUGUUUACAGUUCAGAAAAUACUGCAUGCAUUUCGCGAGUGAUCUGAGUGCGAAAGAGAAUCUGGACCAAGAACAGUCGCAUAUUUUGUUCGGUUUAUACCACCAGUUACUUGGCGCUCGAUAAAUUAAACGCGGACGUCAUCAGGCCAAGAUAUUUGCCCGGAAAGGCAAGAGAGUAUUGGACUAAGUACACGAUUCUUGACAGUAUGCAAACGUUCUCGUUACUGUCUUCAUUGCGCUUCAGAUUUCCAUCGAUGGACAUCUAAAUAUUUUGAAUAGACAAACGCUAGUCUACGGUAUUUUUGGUACUUUUAAUCUCAGGUAACUAGACAGUGUUAAAAUAAUCUUCAAUCGGUGCGUAGGCUAUUAGUUGGAUCCAUUAUCGUCUUGCUAGUCCACGUUAGCUAGCUUGGACAGCGAAAGGAAGGUUGUGUUAAAGGAUGCGCACUGAAAACAACAAUGCGCCUGAGACCUUAGUUGAUCAUAAACCAGACGAACGAGAACAAGAAAAAAUGGGUUUAAAUGGAAUUGACAAUCAGCCGGAGGCACCGAGCAGCGAAACACCUAUUCGCGACCACGAUCAAUCUGAAAUGGAGCAGAAACCAACCACUCAGGAGAAGGCAACCCGCUCAGAGGAACAAGAUGAGGGGAAUGGACAUGGGGAAAAAUCCAUAGACGACAACUCUGUACACCUUAUUGAGACAGGGUGCUUUGAUGAACCACCAGAAUAUCCAGGCUACGAGGUCAAACCCAAGGGUCCCCCGACUGGUCACGAUUCUGGGUUUGUGCCACCCGAGGGUGGGUUCGGCUGGCUCGUGGUCUUCGCCGCAACAUGGUGCAAUGGGUCAAUUUUUGGAAUUCAGAAUUCUUUCGGCAUUCUACAUAUGAUGCUCGUAAAGGACCACGCAGAUGGCAGUGAUCAUGCUUCUCAGUUUAAAGUCGCCUGGGUUGGAGCACUGGCCAUAGGCAUGAUAUUCUUCUGUUCCCCCGUGGUCAGCAUGUUCACUGAUCACUUUGGCUGCAGGAAGACGGCGGUCAGUGGGGCCCUGAUCGCUUUCAUUGGACUCCUGACCAGCUCCUUUGCAACGUCCCUGGGUGUGCGCUACUUCACGUACGGGAUCCUGUUCGGCUGCGGCUCCUCCUUCGCCUUCCAGCCCUCCCUGGUCAUCCUGGGCCACUACUUCCGGCGGCGGCUGGGCCUGGCCAACGGGGUGGUGACGGCGGGCAGCAGCCUGUUCUCCAUGGGGCUCCCCGUCCUGCUGAAGAAGGUGGUGGGGCCGCUGGGCCUGAGCCGCACCUUCCAGAUCCUCAGCAUCUUCAUGUUCGUCCAGGCCCUGCUGGCACUCACCUUCCGCCCCCUGAUGCCCAGCACUGCCCCCGGUGGCCACCCCUCCGCGGGCCCGCCCCUGGGCGUCGGGACUCGCUGGGAGCGGGGACUCGCCCAGGCCCGGAAAUACUUCAACCUGAAGGUGUUCUACAUCACCACCUACAGGGUGUGGGCGUUCGGUGUGGCCACCGCCGUGCUGGGCUACUUCGUGCCCUACAUCCACCUGAUGAACUUCGUGAAGGAGGAAUUUAAAGAGAUCAAGAAAGAGUGGGUCCUGUUGGUGUGCAUCGGGGCCUCUUCUGGACUCGGACGAUUGAUUUUCGGGAACGUCGGGGACCUGAUUCCAGGAGUCAAUAAAAUCUAUAUGCAGGUGGCCUCCUUCGCGGUCCUGGGCCUGGUGUCCAUGAUGAUCCCGCAGUGCCACAUGUUCGAGAGCCUGGUGGUGGUGUGCCUGUUCCUGGGGCUGUGCGACGGCUGCUUCAUCACCAUCAUGGCGCCCAUCGCCUUCGAGCUGGUGGGGCCCAUGCGCGCCUCCCAGGCCAUCGGCUACCUGCUGGGCCUCAUGUCGCUGCCCAUGACCGCCGGGCCGCCCAUCGCAGGGCUCCUGCGGGACUACUUCGGGGACUACCACGUGGCGUUCUACCUGGCGGGAGUCCCGCCCAUAGUGGGGGCCCUGGUGCUCUUUUUCGUGCCCGUCUACCACCAGCGCAUGCAGAAGAGCCGGGAGGGCGCGCCCGCGGACCCCAGCGCCGACCAGAUGCUGCCCCCGGCCAAGUACGCCGCCAACGGGGACAUGCUGCCCGGCUUCACCGACGCGGAGACGCACAUCUGAGUUUGCCCGCCAUGCAAAGGGAUUCUGCCCACCAGCAAUACUGUGAUAAUCUGUCGGACUCUUCAUCUUUAAUUCAGGUGCUCCCCAUUUUCACCGUACUGUCUCCCCUGCCGUUUGUUAGAUGGUGAAGGCCCAAUAUGAAAUCUUCAACUUAAAAAAAAAAAAAAAGACAAAAAACAAAAAAACCCUCUUUGGACUGAUGUUCGUCCCUGGACUUUGUGUGAAUGAAAUGGCUUAGGAAGGUGUUAGGAAAGUCUGACCUCACAAGCUCCUAUAAUGGGAAACACACAUUACACACUAUAGGAAAAGGGUGGGGGUGGGGGGGGGGAGGGGCCUUGAUGGAGGACAGGGAUUUGUCCCAUCUAAAAUGGCGUUAUUUUGGGGUGUGAACAUAAUUUGAUCCAAACAAAUCAGGAUUCAGUGUGGUGUAUGGGUGAGCUUUUUUUUUUGUUUGUGAAGGAAUCAAGUGGGUUCUUGAUAGCGAUCUUGUCUGCAGGCACUGAAUAUACAGAUUGUCUAAUGUGCGUUGGUGGGUGGGUGUGCGACAACUAGAAACGGCAUGCUAAAUCAAAGGUCUGAUCAAUGGUAAGAAUGUAACCCUGUCUUACAAUCCCCCCAACUUUCUUUAUUCAAAGGGGCGAUUCAAAGGGGAAACUCAAAUUCACUAAAGUCACUUUCCCAUCAAAAUGCUGGCAUUGUGCACUGAUCGGCAUUCACACUCGUGAAAAACGCUACAAAUUACUGCCAUGGUGUCCUUACGCGUGUCACCAUUGAAAAAAAAAAAAUCCAGAAGUGCUGUUCUCAGCCUGAGUUUCAGAAGGGGCACUUAACUAACAAAAUAGUUGUUUUUUGACUACAAUUAUUUUUUUUUUUAAAUCCCAAAAUUUGUCUUAAUUUUCAAAAAAUAUAUUUUUGCUUCUUGCUAUGAAAUCAUGGUUAGCUAGUGUGCUGGAACACCAAAAUAUGUUCUUUUUUCAUUGUCUGGAUCUUCACCAAAUUGAAUGAUUAAAUAUAACAAGUAUGGACAAUGGAAAAAAGCUACUCAUAAAAUAAAUGGAAUGCAUUAUGAAAAACAAUCAACAGAUGAAAAUUUUAGAUCUCAAGUUUAGAUCUCAAGUUGGAGAACAAAGAAACAAAUGCACAUUUGAUAAAUAAUUCUAAUAGAUCCUGCUCUUCCCAUUUCUUCUCUCCCAGCUCCUUACUGCAGUCACAUAAUUAGAGGGUUGCCAGUAUUCUUAAUCGUUGGUCAUUGCAAAGCAAUCAGCGGUCACAAUUAAAGACAUGAGAGGCUUCUUGAUUUAAUUUGUGACGACAUUACAUUUCAUUACUUUACAUUACAAUCACAUAGCAGAUGCUCUUAUUCAGAGCAACUUAGAGAAGUGGAGACCAUCAGUGUUAGUCUUAGGAAUACAAAAAUGGGAUAUCGCCCAGAAGGCACUGAUGGCCCAGUUAUAAUCAAUAAGUGUGAUGUUAAGCUAACAGACAUCCAUUUGUAUUGGAACAAAAGACAAUACCACUAGACAGCCUUAUAAAAUAUCUUUAUAUAUUAUCCCAGAAUGAAAUCCAAAGAAAGAAAGAAAGGAUGUCUAAAAGGGUCUGGGGGGCCAUGGUGCAAUCUGAAGAGCUUCAGUCUGAAUUGAAAGAUGGGCAGGGUUUCUGCUUUCCGGACUGUAGCGGGAAGCUCAUUCCACCAAGACAAGACAAGAGUUGUGACCACAUCAGGGGGAGGGGCCAGGCACCAAGAGGUAGCAGAAUGAAGAGGUCUGAUUGGUCUGUAGAUUCUGUAGAUAAACUGUUGAAGAUAUGGCAGAGCUUUCCCUUUGGCGUCCUGAAAGGCUAGCGCCUAGGUUUCGAAUUUGAUGCGAGCUCCUGGUACCCAGGAGAGGGAGAUAAGAAGGGGAAUGACACUGCUGAGCCUGGGAAAGUUGACUUAUUUGUUGAACCAUUGAGAGAACAAAUAUUUACCAAAUUUUUAAAUACAGGUCACAUUUCAAAACAGGACCUGGUAAUAAGUAAUUUAAUUACAGAACAAACCAUGUGAGUGCACUUUCUGAUAGGAUUUUUGAAAAUAUGUUUUGACACUUUUUGACACACAUUUAUGCACUUUUCUCCCCUUGCCCCUUCUGAAAGGCUGACAAGCUGUUUUUGCACAAUCUAUUGUAACCUGAAUUGAAUUGACAAUGAUGAAAUUUCGAGAAGGAGCGAGCAAGACAUAGCCAUUAAUUGCUACGACAAUGUAAAAAAAAAAGAAAAAAGAGUCAAAGGGUUUCAUGUAACGCACUGUAAGCAAAUGCAGUGAAAAGCCCUCCUUUACAAGAGGUUCAUUUGGACCUCCAUGCUCAGCCCAUUUAAUUUGUAGUCAUUAUGCCCCCAAAGCAUAGAGCUGGCAUACUGCCAUUUUAACAGCUCCAUUUAUAUAAUGACUUCUCCCCACCUCUACCUUGGGUGUAAAUGCUGAUAAAUGGGUGAUUAUUUGCUGGGAAUGUAGUGAUGGCGCUAGCUUUUGUUGCUGUUCCCAAAAGCCAUGUUUUGUAUGCACGUUUCCAUUUUGCUGGAAUGGGGUUUAGCAGAAAACAGACUUCAGGUGGAUUCCUCAGUGCCCACAGACAAUAAUUUUGUUGUUUUAGGGUACUGCAUGUGCUCUGUAUUAUUAAUGAUUCAUAAUGCCAAUUUUUUUUUCCAUGAACUUUUUUUAUGUUGUUAUAUUAAUGAAAAAAGUUGUUUUUAUUUGUAUUUUUUUUUAACAAAACGCUCUUAUAUGAAAGCCCCUCAUACUAAAGCAAACUACAGCAUAAAUAUAUAUUUUUCUGAAAUAUUGCAGUCAUGUCAGUAGAACGCUAGAAGGCUUGGUAUCGCCUUAAACCUCUUUCUUUAAUAUGUAGCACAUACCUGUAUAUAGAAGCAUUAGAUUUCUGUGUCAAAUAUAAGAUGGUUAUAAGACUUUGUAAUGGACUUCGAUAGGAAAGUCUUUUAUUUUAUUUUUUUAAAUCUGCCAGAUGUUUUACUGACCUCUCUCAUUAGCCCUGGAGUUUCCCGGACUCCUGCUCUUGACACAAAUCUGUGAUCCUCUUCUGUCAAGCAUAGCACCUAGAGCCUCUACAAGCGGGAUGCUGGAAAGAAUGAACCCUGGUUAACUUAAUGACAGAGCUGGUCGGUCACCAGUUUCUGAAAAUGACCUCAGAGCACGAAGGGGUUCAUUGAUCUGUUAUUGCACACGCGUACGUCCUGGUGAGGUUGAUCUUACCCUUCUGCUUUUUCACCACAACAGCCCGGGCUGCAUGUCCGUGUCUCCUUGGGGUGCUAAAAGGGAAGGUGUGCUUUGAUUUUGAACUAUUGGGCCAAAGCUGUGGGGCCAAAACUGUGGAAAAACCAAAAUCGGCGUCGGCUGGUUUCUAGUCUUUGCACAGAAAAUUUGUAAGCAAUAGUUUGACACGUGCUGUGAUGGGGCUGACGCUGGGGCUGAGCCCGAAAGGCCUUUUCAGCGAGUGAAGAUCUGCGUCCCUGUCACUGUAUAAACAGCUAUGCAUGCACUGGUAUGUAAAUGUACACGACGUUCUGCAUGUUAGUGGUCCGCCUGGUGUCACCAGUCACCUGUUCCCACUGUCAUUUUGGUCUUGCUCCGGUAAACGAGAACGGACGUUCGUAUGCACUAGGAAGAAGACAAACACCUGAAUUUCUAACAUACUUUCUGGAAAGUAUACACAGGAAAUGAAUGCUUAGGAGAGAUGAAUUUGAACCGGCAUAGGUUUUUUUUCCCGAAUGGAAGAGUGUGGAGAAGUGUGGACAGAUGAACUAUACCUCUGUGAGUAACUUAAGGAGAGUGCCUGAGGUGUAGAGCUUGGACGUCUGGCUAGUCGCUGACAGCGUUGCUAAGCAGAACUCUCUGGUCAACCUCAUUGCCUGUCUGAUAGUCCAAAGCUCACCCACCUGUACAGCAGCUCACCUCCAGCUUUCUGUCAGGUGCUGUCAGUUUCAGUCAUCUCUGUAGGUGUGCGUGCGUGUGCUUUGUGUGUGUAUGUGUGUGUGUGUGCGCGUGUGUGUGUGUGUAUGCAUGUGUGUGCGUCUGUGUGUAUGUGUGUGUGCGCAUGCGUGUGUGUGUGUGUUUGUGUGUGUGUGUUUCAAUGUGUCAGUGUUACAUUUGUGAAACAGGCUGAUUUAUUUGGUUUGGUUUUGAUUAUCUUUGCAAGAAAUUGUCACAUUAUCAUCUUCUCUGUCUUUUCUGCACAUUUGAUGUGCCGAUUACUGGACUCUAAGUCUCACAAUCACAAUGCCUUAUAUACGGGCAUUAUGGUUUUUUUCUCCAGGAACUGUAAAUAACUAGGGGAAAACAGGAAAAAAAAAUCUGUUUCAUGAUAGGCCAGUGGCAACCACAGGAUUAGUUACCUCUCAGGAUUAAGGUUUCAAUUUUUGCUUUUGAUUAACUGUUACUCAGAUCAUUUUUUUUACAGAUAGAUUUUUUUUUUUCUCUUUCAUCAAGUAAUUUGAGAAAUAGGGGCCGAUUCACAGACGGGCGAUACACUGACCGUUUUGCCUCACGUAGACCCUUUCUCAGACUGAAUACCUGUACCGAUAUAUAACAUAUUGUGCUGUUUCAUUCAUGUCAUUCCAGAUUCCACUAUUCAAUUCCUUCUGAGCUGAGAUUGUUCAGGGACAUGGGAGUAUUUAAUGAUCCAGUGGAAGCCUGUGAGUGAGGGGGUGGGGGGGGGGCGUGUGACUGCACCUCCAAGGACGUACUUACCUCAGUAAUCUCGUCGAAAUAAGUGUACUCAUAACAUUUACUUUUGCUAUAUGAACAGAAGAGGAGCUAGGGACCUUCAUCUAUCAUAAUGGGGAGGGGGGGGGCUAUAAAAGCUGUUGCCUUUGCCCAUAUUCUUCUUCUGUACAAAUCCACUGUGAUGUAGCUGUCUCUCCAUACGCUUAUGCUUAUUAGUAUCUGCCUUAAAGGUGAAAAAAAUGUUACUUGGGAUGGAAAUUAAAGGCGAAGUUUAGUCCGAGGCCAGCUACAUUUAGAUAUAAAUGCAUAUGGAUACCUCUGUAUACAGUUGUAUUCAAUGGAAAGUUACUGCUUGCAUGCUGUGAUGUGGUGCUCUUUAAUGGUCAAUUUAUUCUGGUGCAGGAGCUAGUCUGUUUCGCGGUCUGUUUCUCCUUGAGUGUGGAAACAGUCCAGGAAGGGGGUUUUCCACCCAGACUCCACCACUUUAAGAACGCAGUUGUUUCACGCGUUACCGAAGUGACACGUGGAGAUUCACUCACGGCGAAAGAAGCUUUGAAAGACCCUCAGGGGUCAAACUUGAGGUGGGGCCUCGUCAGAUUUUCCACAUAACCCACCACCAUGAGUCUGAAAGGCUUUAUGUAGAAAAACAGUAAUCCUGCUUCGUAUGGAAGAACUGUAUGCUUAGCAUAUUUUUGUAUGUGCACGGUGUAGUACCUGUUGACUAAGUCCAGGCAUUGUUACGGAAUACAAUUCUAUCUCAUGAAAUGAAAUUUUUGCCAUUGUUCGUCAUUCUGUCUGCAUGUGCCAUGCACUGAACUCUGCUAUUCAGGUUUUGGUUUCUCAUCUGCAUGGGGUGCACCACAUAGAUCAUAGAACAUAGAUCUGUCACUCAUGUUGUCUUCCUUUCAGUGUAUUUUUUUUUUGGGCAGUAUCUCCCGAAUGUUGGAUCCCCAUGUUUCAUGUGCCAAAGUAACCCAUGUAGUCCUUGUUCUUGUUUUGACUGUGUAUGUCAGUGUUUAGUUUCUGGGCACAUGUCUUCAUAAUGCUAACAGGGAUUCAUCCACAGGAUGCCUUUAGUAUCGUUUCCAUUGAAGGAACCAGCACCAUCCACUGUCUCAUUAGGCACAUCCUCAUCUUCAUUUCGAAUGUAGACAAAGUUUCAGGGCUGGUAAAUGCUUUUGCCAGUUAAUUAUGUGAUCAGGCGUGAUUGUUUUCAAUUGCACAUUUAAAAAUGUGAUUUGUCGCUUGGAAUUACUUGGAAAAAAUCUUGGCGUGAAUUGUGUUUUUUUUUUGUGUGAGCAAAUUCACAGUUCAAGAUGGCUACUGCUGUAGUGUGCCUGUUGUUAUUUUUUCUUUAGUUCACACAGUCGGUUUUAUUUAUUAGUCUGUUCGGUUUCUGCUGUGGACCUGUGCUGCGCAUACUCACACAUCUAUAGAGUAGCGGUGUCCUCUCGUAACAAUAUGGGGUGUAAUAUACGUUUAAACUGAAAGGGAUCGCCUCACAGGUAGGCCAGGGAGUAGCCCACGAAUGGCUUGGUUUCAAGAAAGCACAGAACUUCUGAGAAGAAAUCUGCAGUAGUGAACUAAUCACAGGAAUGUUUAGAGAGUGUGCUUUUCAAAAUGUGUCGCCCUGUAAUUUGGUGUUUAGUGUAUCAUUCAGUUUUGUGUGUACUGUUGCUACGAUGUGCUAAAAGCAAGAGUUCGUCUAACAAAUUGCAUCUAGACAAGUUAGCAUGAAACAACAGUUGAGUCCCAUGUAUAGUUCAGUUGUCUCACACGUUUUCUACAAUCCUUGUUCGUGCCCAGCUCUCAGUCUGGUUGAGUGAAUUUGCCCCUCUGGAAAAUGCUGCCUGGGCAAUGUUUUAACAUUUUUAAAAGCUGGAAUUGCUUCUUGGAUUGGUUUCCAAUGGUAAUGGUUCCUUUACUUCAAUAUGAAGGUUUCAGUGUAUGACAUUACACAUACGUAGAGAGAAAUAAUGGAAUGUGAACGAAUGUGGAAUUGGUUUUUGAUCAAUCAUAUGAUGUUUGUGAAACCAGACGAAAGAAAAGUCUAAAAAGACUAUUUAAUUAAAGUUAUUCAUUUAAAAAAAUACUUAAAGCUAUUUUUUCCUAUGUGUAAAUAGAUUAAAUGAAUUAUAACAAAUUGUAUGGAUAGUUUAGUUUAAUAUACAACCGCAGCAGUUGUCAGAUAUUAGAUUUUAAAAUUUGAAUUCUGAACUGAGCUUUCAGCUUGAUGAUGUUGUAACGCAUAAACCACUUCUAAUUCAAUGCAGUGAGCAUGUCAAGUGCCUACCUCUGUGUCUUUUCUUACGCAGCUAUAGAAAAGGACUCCUCAACAGUUACGUAUUUUGAAAACCUGCAAAGUGGAGCUGAUCCUGAGUUUGCUCAGUAUUGCUGCACUAGCAGGGGCAGAUGCGUUGUUACUUCUCUCCCAGGGCGAAAUAACAUUAACCUCACUACUCAAUUCUGGAAGACUGGUGAUAUUUUUUUCUCUCUACAAAAUACACUAUAAAAUAAUAAAAGAUAGUGAAUCAUUUAAAAACAAUGAAGUGUAAAGCUGCUAGAUAUGUGUAUGUUAAUCUGAAUUAUGAGUAGGUUUUGGAUUUUUCUGUAAUAAAAAUGUUUUUUUUUUUGUAUUAAAUCAUCAAUAAAUGUUUAAAACUGCUAAA